GGGGGAGUGAACGCAUCGCAGAGACCGCAGACGGGAGAAGAUCACCCGGAUAGCGUCCGUCCGUCAGACCGCGGGGAACAAUGCUCACAACGAGUCUCUCCGCGGGCAGCAGGACUUAAAAAGCUGCGGGCCAUCCAUCCGGACACUUUUUACUCUCGCCCCUUCCCAUUUGAUAGGGAAGAUAAGAAUCCAAGCACUCAUCCUCCGGCUUACAGCCCGGGUAUCUGACCCCAGUUUGACGGACAGUCGAGGUUUGAUAUCUCAGCACGAUGUGGAAGACCGGGAUCCUGCUGCUGCUGUGGGUGUUUUUGGCGUCCGGCGAACUCCAACAAGAGACGGAGCCGCGCAGACUUCCACCCCCGGGAAAGUUGGAUUUCGGUUAUGUGCCUGCGGGAGUUUACGAGACUCUGGCCCAUUACGAACCGGGACCGAUAGGGAUCCUGUUCCACAUGGUGCACGCUUUUUUAUAUGUCGUGCAACCCAACGCUUUCCCACAAGAUCUUCUUGUCAAGCUGGCUAAGGACAAGUUUGGAGCAAUUCAGACGGAAUACCAAAAGCCAGAGAACAUAGUGCUGACCCUUCAGGCCAUCUACUACGAGAUAGGCUUCCUAGUUUGUGCAGCAGUCGGCCUGCUGUUCACUGUUCUGGUGCCGAUAGUCGGCCUCUUCUUCUGCAUGUGCCGCUGCUGUGACAACUGUGGUGGCGAGAUGCACCAACGCCAGAGGAAGAACGCAGACUGCCGGCGUGGCCUGCUGGGAACACUGCUCUUCUCCACCUCACUGGUCAUCACGAUCGGAGUACUGUGUGCGUAUGCUGCUAACCAGAACCUGAGCUCUCAGGUGAAGAACAUACGGAGAUUGGUCAACAGCAACAUGAGGGACCUGCACACCUUCGUUAAUGACACGCCAAUGCAAAUUGAUUACCUAAUAUCCCAAUACGCCACAGCCAAGAACAAAGUCAUCUAUGACCUAGAUAAUAUAGGUCCGUUAUUAGGUGGAAGGAUACACGAUCAGUUGGAUAAGGAUGUCCAUCCUGCCUUGGACAGAGUUCUCAAUAUGGCUGGAGUGAGAAUCGAGAGAGCCAUCAAAGCCAUGCGAGAAACCAAGGAGGCCCUGGAGAACGUCAGUGUGGGUCUGGAGGUCCUCCAAGAAGGAACAGGGAAGCUCAACUCCAACCUGAGCCUGGUUCGUACCAGCAUCAACCGCACCCUUAACGACCCGGGCUGUCAUGACGAGGAGUCAGACGCCACCUCUGCCCAGCUGUGCCGCAACAUCCGCCAAUCACUGUCCCGGCUGCAGAUCGGCGCCAACUUCACACGGCUACCCAAAGUGAACACUCAGCUGGAAAAGGUGAACGAUGUUUUGAGAACAGACCUCAGUGCUAUCGUCCAGAGGGGCUACUCCUCUCUGAACGACACCCCACAUAUGGUGAUUGAACAGACCAGAAGUGUUGUGGAGAGUGUACAGAGUUUGAUGGACGGCAUUGGAAAUAACAUCAGCAGCUUUUCCAGAGUAUUCCCUGUGCAGAGUUGCCUGUCCAACUUCACCAUCUCCAUUAGCCAUGCCCAUGCCGAGAUUGAGGACUACUACCCUGAAAUUGACAAAAUGGACUUCUACAGGUGGAUUGGCUGUAUUGCUCUUUGCUGCAUGGUGGUUCUAGUCCUGGCCUUCAACUACUUGGGCCUGCUGUGUGGCACUCUGGGAUACGACAAACACGCCUCACCUACGACACGAGGCUGCAUCUCCAACACAGGAGGAACGAUGCUCGUGGCUGGCGUUGGAUUCAGCAUCAUCUUCUCCUUGGUGCUGAUGGGAGUGGUGACCAUUAUCUUCCUGGCUGGAGGAAACAUGGAGAAACUCGUCUGUGAACCCUUCCACACCAAAGAAGUCUUCAAGGUUGUGGACACCCCAUAUCUGGUCAACCCAGACUGGAACAACUUCAUCCCUGGCUACAUGUACAACGACUCCGACCUGGAGCUGACCGCAGAGAGCUUAUACAGUACUUGCAAAGAGAACAAAGGCAUCUACUCAGCCAUGCGUCUGGACAAAGUCUUCAACAUCUCCUUCUUCCUGAACACUACAGUGUUUACUAAGGAUGUGGUGAGUCAGCUGGACAGUGUUAAGAUCGACCUGAGGGGAAUAAUCCUGUUAGAGCCAGAAGGGAAGCAGAACCUCCUGGAUUUCUCUGAAGCAGGGCUGUCAGAAAUCAACUAUGCAGACUACCUGGAAGAGGUCAACAAAGGAGUCACUGUGAUGGACCUGCUCUCAUUUGCCAGAGAGCUGGAGGCCCAGACAGACCUCAUGCCCAGAGGCGCUCUGCAGACCUCUCUGAAAGGCCACGUCAGCACUCUGCGGCAGAUCCACACCCAGCAGAUCAUCCCCAUGGAGCAGGCCAUGAAAUAUGUUAGAGCGAGGAGCGCAUUGAACCAGAGUAUGAGGUUCCUGGAGAGAACGGCUACAGACCUGCCAAACAAAGUUUUAGCAGUUCUUGAUGCCAUUGACGCUGCUCAGUACCUCAUCUCCCAGAAUGCUUCACAUUUAAUCAAUCGGGAAACAGGAAAAUACACAGCCACCAUUGUUGGCUACUUCCAUCAAUACAUAGAAUGGGUCAAAACAUCCUUGGCGUUGGAGGUCGCACCGUGCAAGCCCAUCAGCAACAUGCUGGACACAGCGGAGAUCAUUGCUUGCAGUUUUUUGGUUGACUCCAUGAACACGUUCUGGAUGGGCCUGGGCUGCAGCACUCUCUUCCUGCUCCCCAGCAUCAUCCUUGCAGUGAAACUAGCCAAGUACUACCGCAGGAUGGACACAGAGGAUGUUUACGAUGAUUCCUCUGUUUCUGGGACUUGGCAUUUUACUUUGUGAUAACCAUUUCUACUAUUUCCAUCUUCCAUAUCUUUCAUUUUAUUGUUUCAUCCCUCUCUUGUCAAGCACUUGGCACUUUACAAAGAAACAUUGACGGUUUAUAUUUCUUCUUAAUGUACCUUUUGUUCACUCAUCUAAUCACGGCUUUACACAACCAGACGUAAUGUCUCGAUCAGCGGCGUCUCUCGUCAUCUGAUCCGUGCUGGGUUGCAACUUUCUGGUGCAUUUCCAUCGCUAAACAUUUCAAUAACUUUUUUAUGUUGUUGUUUUUUGUGUAUCUUUAUAGCAUUGAGACAAUGCCCAUGAAAACGUAAGACAUUUAAUCCACCUCCCUCUCCUUUUCGACUUCUAUCACUCUGUGCUUUCUCUGGAUCUUGUAAAUAGACUUGUUUACUAAAUUCUUGGUGCUGGUUUACGUUUUUAAGCUUGGAAUUGCUCUUAUGAGUGGAUGGUGUGGCUUCUUGUCGUGUGCUACCUUUGAAAAGUGUCCCUUACCUUUCUUAAAGGGCUCUUGCAAUCAUUACCUUACAAGUCCACCUGUUGUUUUGUAAGUUAUAGUGUAAAUACAACACUAUAGUUUAUACUCAAAAAAUAUAUCUCUUAUCUCUUGAAAGGUUUGACUACUCAAAAAGAAAGCAUUUUUACUAUAAAACUUUUAAUCAGCAUGUCUCUCACAUUACAUUUUUCAUCCCUUUUUUGUAUACGAUAUUUUGUUUUCAGUAUGGAAAUUGGUAAUAAUGGUUAUCAUAGUGAGAGCUCACAAGGUAUCCCAAAUCCUAUGAUGACAAGGUAAACGUUAUUAUAAUCCUGUUACUGCAUGUUAUGGGAGGUGGAGGCAUGCCUGGGGACGUGGGCCGGACAACAGUGCAUGCCUUUGAGGGAGUUGAUUCAUUACGCAUGCACGUGUCAGUUAAUUGAACAAUAACGAGACAGCUGAAGUAAUGGUAGCUUCAAAAAGUACUUUUAACAGAUUUGUCAAGGAAUUUCAAAGAAUAAUUUUACAAUUUGGGAAAUAUGCAUAUUCACUUUUGUUAUGUACGGAGUUAGAGCCAAGAGGCAACUAGUUCAGUUUACCAUAAAGACUUGAAGCAGGGGAAACAACUAGUCUGGCUUUCUAAAAUACCAACAUCUCUAAAGCUCACAUAUGAUUGUGUUGUCCUGUUGUUCGUCAAGACGAUGUUUCAGCACAAACCUUUACCCCUAAAAACAUAAACUGUUGGGUUUUUUCCCCAGAGGAUAAAUCCCGCUGACUUUGAUGAUCCUCUGACAUUUCAUCCAGCGCCACCAUGAGGUUCACAUUUGUGGUUUUUAGUGAAAUUUGGUGCCCUCAGUAUAAAGCGUACAGACUUUGGUGAUCGUCUGACUGUUCAUCCAGCGCCAUCAUCAGGACUCUUUAAUUUGUCUAAUACUGAUGGGAGCCUCAGCUGCAUUUUGGUUUUAUUGCUAAUUAGCAAAUGUUAGCACGCUAACACACUAAACUAAGAUGUGAACAUGCGAAACAUCAGCAUGUUAGCAUGUUAGCAUGUUAGUAUUUAGCUCAGAUACAGCCUCAUACAGCUGUUAGCAUGGCUGUGGACUCUUGAUUGUAUUUCUAUUUGUUUAUUGAUUAAACAAACAAGACAUAACUUCUUAAUUAGUAAGCUCUGGAAGUGCUGGUGAUAUAGUCCUGCUCAUAUUUGUUAUCUUUGGAGAGAGCCGGGCUAUCUUGUACCUCUUUAUGCUAAGCUAAACUAGCCAUGUCUGUUAUUAUUUAACGGACAGAAAUGAAAUUAGAGUGACUUGCUGGAGAAGAUUCUUGUCAUGUUAAUAUUUGUACUACCAUUACAUCUCUCUAUCUUACUUCAAAUUGUUCUGCUGUGUGGUUUUGGGGGAAUCUACUAACCUACUGCAUGCUCUGAGAUGUUCAUGUGGAAUGAAAAGUCUUCCUGUUUCUUCUCAUUCAGAGUCAGCCAAAAUCCAACGAAUGUACACCUGAUCAUUUUGUUCAGAGAGAGGCAAGCAUGUCAAGCUUUGGUGUGAUGCUGCGAAUGCUGCUCCUUUUCUUCUAAACCUAACAAAACGUCUAACUGCAUGUUGUGUAUUUUGAAGUUGCAUUUGGACAAGGAUGCGUUUGACAGACAACCUACUGUAACAGAAGCUAUAGGAAGAGAGCAAAACAGCUUGACCAAAUGUCUUAGCUUCCAGUAUCUUCAUCUUUUAAACUCAUUCCACUUAUUGAACUUGUCUUCUACAUGUGAGUGGAGUUUCAUUCCAAAAAGCAGCUAGCCUGUUUGUGAGCAAAUGCUGGAAAGUAAAAAUGUUUUAUUUUCCAUUUAGUCGUCUUUACUUGUAAAACAGAAGAUUUUCAAAGAUAUAAAUCUAAAUAUGGAGUUAUUAACUUCUAUAUUUUUCUUUAAAUGUGUUGGAAUGAAACUUACAAAUCACUAUCCAAACAUCCAGCCAGCAUCUAUGACCUCUGUUGACCUUUACCAACAAACAGUCGCGACUGAAAUGCUGACACUUCACCCUCCAGCUACUCUUCAAACCAUGUUAACCUGGAAAGUGACACAAGCAAUAAAGUCACAUUUACACGACUGGAGUGUGUGAAUACAAUUUAGAGAUAGAGAAAUCUCAGAUCCUGGUGAAAUAAUCCUUUCGUCACUCGUAUUGAUCAACAACCCCAUUAAACCUCAUUAAUAAGAUUGUUAUUUUAUUCUUUCAGACAGUACAACCUCUUACUUAUUGCCCCUUUAAGUGAGCAGGAAGUCAAUCCACCUUAAUGUUGAUGAAGCUGUUCUGCUCUCCGCCUUGUGAACCGCUUGUCCUGCUUCUCUUUGCCCAGUAACAGAAGAGAAGCAGCGGUUGUUGAGUUUGUCCCUGUGGCUGUUAAUGUUUUUCCCUGUGUGUGUUUGUGUGUGUUCCUGGGCCAGUAGCAUCCCUACUUAUGACACUAUGAACAGGUUCCCGCGGGCCUCGGCUCCUCCGAGGCACAUCGACUGGUGACAGAGAGCCGGCUCCUGAAAGCUUUUUUUAGUGCUUUUCUGCCCAUAGUGACCUUGCAGGAAAACCCCCAUGGUGAGAAUCGCUCAUUUUAGAAUCAGUAAUGAACCUUAAAUGUCUAAACGGUAUUUAUGUCUGACUACUUGUGACUGCUUAGUCAGUGUGCUGUGGAGGAGAGGCGCUGAACGUGCUCCUGUUUUGCCUUGUUUCAUGCUUAUUGAGAAUAACAAUAUUUGCUUCUAAAAACAGCAUCUUUUACAAAACAGUGAGGGUGUUUUUAAAUAUACUUUGUGGUUGUAGUUCACAUACUGUCAAGGUUUCUCCCAAACAUGUUUGGAAUAUAGAUUUUAAUAUGUGGAGGGAGAUGCAUUAUUCCCAGAGGACAGCAGGUUGUAUAAGACUACUAUAACAAUAUUUAUAUUUCUUCAGUAUCAAAAAGCACCACACAGUCAUUGAACCCUCCAUGGAGCUUCAUUAAAUUCUCAUCUGACUGCACUCUUGUGUCUGUUAUUUCAAAAACCGUCCAGAGCUGCAUUAAUCUCCUGGGCCUAUAAAAAGUAAAAGGCAAUGCAGUAUGUGUUGAACCUUUCACGAAAUACAUUUAAAUCAUUUUUAUUCAAUGUUUGUCUUCCCAGUGCCACCAGAAACUGGAACUAAAGUACACCACAGUAACCGUUUGUUUCACGAGGCCUCGGACCAGAAGAAGCUCGAUAAAAGCUGGUUUCUUUACAACAGAAGAACACACAAAGCCCUUUAGGUGUUCUGUUUUUUUUAAUCUUUAGAGAUCAACUCAACCUCCUCAAUCUGGCAGAUCACAGCCUACAGUUACCUGCUCCCCCUCCAAGAGACUCUGCCUGCAGGAUAUCAAACUCUUCUCCCUCAGCAUCAAUCUGAGCCAGGCUUGUUCUGCAUUUUUUUUCAAAGGACUGCUGUGUCUGCGUUUACAUUUGUUCAGACACAAAACCAAGCUGAAAAACACAUUCAGCAAGAGGACAUGACAAUAACUGUGAUGCCUGUUAUAUUGAUGUACUUGUUUGUGCUGAAAGGUCACACAAAGGUCAUGGCACGCUGCUAGACGACACUUUUUCUCCUGCACUUAGAAUAUCACAUUCAACAGACGCUAAUACUAAAAGUAGAACAGUCUGUUAUUUCAUGUGCAAGGAAAGGUGCAAAUUAAUAUGAGAUUCAAUGUGUUAAAAAAACCCUGUUUUGUUGAGCACUUCCUUUUUAACUGCAGCAUAUGUGUUUCUUAAUGACUGCGAACUGGAUGAUUUGAACAAGUGGUAAAAACACAGACAGGUCAGUCCCAGGUGGAUUUUUGUGAUUAAUAUGAAGAAUUUUAGCAUGACUUUUAAAACAAUGUUUACAAUAUUACAAAACAUCCAGACACCUUUGCUGGUUUUUGUGCGAAUUGCAAAUGACAGGUUGCCUUUCAGAAGUAUGUUUCACGCAGUUUUAUUUUUUUACAGAUAUGCUCCUUCUCAUAGGAAGAAAUCCACCCACAGAUGCUUUUACACUGUUCAAAAUCAGCGAUCUGUCAUGUUAUUUUGAGGCAUCGCUUAUAAAAUCGACUCUUUACUUAAGCUUUUUUAGCAUACCCGUGUCGUCUACGAUUCAGCCAGGUUAGAUGUCAAUAUUAUGUCUGCUUCUUUUUAGAUAUUUCUAAAUAAUGAAGACUGAACAAACUCUUUGCACCAAAUCCUGACUACAUUUUAAGCCAGUAGUUCCCAUUUUGUUUGUCUGGUUAGACUUUACAGUUCAGCAAUUCAUAGUUACAGCCCUUCCUCACAAGUUGUAUGUCAAUGAGUAGUAAGACGUUUAACCAAAGAGGGAUUUCCCCUGCACAGAUUCAUUCAUUUUAAUAGUUUUUAACUCCUAAAUGCUUAAAAGAUAUCAAGUAUAAGAUCUUUUUUUUUUUCCUGUCUUGUUAAUCAUCUCGGGACCCCUCUGUUUUAUCUUGGAACCAUUUAGGGAGCCUCACCCUGAGGUUUGGUACCACUGGUUUGAGCAUUUAUCACCAAACAACAAAUUGACAAAAAAUAAAUUAAGAUUAAGAGUUGAUGAAACCAUCUUUUUAAUGGUCACACAUGCAGAGCACACAGUGAAAUUUGUUCUCUGCUUUUAACCCAUCCUUGUACCAGGAGUCUAGUACUAGGAGCAGUGGGCAGCUCAUAGGACAAUGGGAGCGA